AUGUUGAAGUGCCUUCUUCUGAUCUUGGUUCUUUUUGUCGCAGCUUCGUCCCAAUACGGUUAUGGUUAUCCGAUGAUGGGAAUGGGAUAUCCAAUGAUGGGAGGGUAUGGCAUGGGCGGUUACGGUAUGGGAAUGCAUCCAAUGGGAAUGAUGGGAAUGUAUCGGCCAAGUCUUUUAGGAAUGAUGCUUGGCAAAAAAUAA